AUGGAAGAAAUGUACGAACAUGAAAGUUGGACGUCAUCUGAUUCCUACAGAGAUUUGUUGAUAUGUCCGAGUUUUCGGUCUUAUUCUUCGCUCGACCUACUUUCUUGUAAAAGUAAAGACGAAGAAGAAUGCCGAUUGGUUAACUUGAACAAUGUUAUAAAAAAGUUAUUUGACACAAUUGAUGAUCCAAUCAAAAAAGAAGACGUUCCUGUUAUUUGUUGCUUACUAGAAAAAUUUUUGAAAUAUAACGGUACCAGCGGUUUUUAUGCCAAACACCUACCGCAAAUCGGCGAGAUUCUAGAGUUCCUGUCAAUGCAAGCGAAGAAAGUCGAGCAGUACCUACAUUACCUGCAGCAACUGUUGGAACUCUGCUGCAAGCCAUUACUCGUACAAUGCAUGUCCGAACACUUCAGCAUCAAGCCGAAACUGCUACGUUACUCGAGUUUGCUAGGCUACUUGCUGGUACUGGCACCGACGAAGGCCAGCUUCGACACGGUGAAAAAAGCGAUCCAAGUGUUCUUGAGUGCUGGCAAGGACGAGGCCGAGAGGACGAGGGAAGACACGGUGAAGCCGGAUGUGCGCCACGAAGCCGUGGAACAAUCAAGGCUUCCGCUCACCCUCGCCGAGCUCACGGAAGUCGCGUCCACAGAGACUUAUCCAGCUGUUUUGCAAUUGAUUCUCGCAGUCGCAUCUGUCUCGCGGAUAUGCUGUCACAGGAUGCUGGAAGCCGGCGUCGAGAGUAGAAUUCUGAUGAGGCUACACCCGGCAUAUGAAUGUGGGUUUGAAUCCGCGCCGGUUACUGAUCAGACGAAUUUACUGCUUGAUAAGGAAGAUUACGUCAAGACUGCGGAGUACGCUACGAAAAUUCUCUGCCGGAUGGCGACCUCCAUUAUGAUUUCGGAUCAAUUGCCAAAGGAACAUGAGAUCGCUUCGCCGACCAAGCAGGCGAUGUGGAGCUUGCGAGCUGCAUUCAGGAGGGAAGCGCUGCGAGCCCGUGGAAGUUGGCGCAGCCGGAAGUUGCGUAACGAGCUCGCAAAUUUGAUUUUGACAGGCGUCACGCGCUCCACGGCUCAAUGGGAGCUGGUUGGCGCGGGAUUAAUCGACGACUUAGCCGGCUUUUUCGUUGCCACCGAGUUUGGGAUUAUCGACGCUUGGGCCGAGGUCGCUGAAGUCGAGGUGAAUAACACCACGGGGCUGGAAUUUAAGAAGACUUUGUUGACUAUUGUGGCCAGAGUUGUACAACUACUGCCCGAGUGCCAUACCGCCUUGAGAAACAAACAUUUGGUGUCCAGCCUUCUUCAGUUGGUCGAUCCUACGAGCGGUAAGUCGACAAGAAUGCUCUGGAAUUCGGAGCAACUCUGGCAUCUUUUCAAAUAUGCCUCGGACGCGCUGACUUACGUCGUUCCGAAAUUACCCGACGAAUUCAUCGAAGACGACGGCGCGCUGAGGUACUACGCAGUCAUUCAUACUCUAUAA